AUGGUUGCCAACAAAGAAAAGGCAAUGAAACGUAAAGCUUCUAUCGUUGGAGCAACGUCAGAACAGAUCGUUUCCAAAGAAGAACCAGAAGAAUCGAACGAAGACAACUCUGAGGCGAGCGACUAUGAAUCGGAUGAGGAAAACCUUCUCGCCAGUAUCAACAAUGAUGGCGAAGAUAGCAGCGAUUCGGAAAGAGAAUAUGCCUCUGAUGAUGAUGAUGAGGUGUUAAGCUUCGAAAGCCUUGAUGAUGACGAUGGUGAAGAAAAUGAAGGCGCUACGCUAGAAGAAAUCGGAAACGAUGAAGAUGAUGAAGCCGACGGUGAGGAUGAUGAGGACGGUGAAGAAGCCGAUUCGGCUGAUGACGUAAACAGCGAUAGUUCGCCGGAAGAAGAUGAGGGAGACUUGGCGGAUAGCAGCGAUGAAGAAUUCGUCGAAGAAGAAGUGAAAACAAAACCAGCUAAACCAGACAAGAAAAAGAAACCCGCAAAAGAGAUUGAGUCGGACGAAGAACCACUUCCGGAGGAUUACGAUGAUGAGCCGAAGCUUGGCAGGAUUGAAGAUGUGCUUGGUACGGAUGAGAAGAAAACACGCGGCUUAAAUGUGUUUCCUCCGUUGCCGAAGAAGAAGGGCAAGAAAAAGGAUGAGUACGCCGGUGGAGAUACAUCGGAUGAAGAGGAUAUCCGGAACACGGUCGGAAACAUUCCGAUGCACUGGUACGAUGAGUACAAACACAUCGGAUACGAUUGGAAUGCGAAAAAGAUCAUCAAGGCAAAGAAGGGUGAUGCGAUCGAUGAUUUCCUGCAGCGCAUGGAGGAUCCGAACUUCUGGCGUACGGUAACCGAUCCACAGACGGGCCAGAAGGUGGUACUAUCCGAUGCCGACGUUGGGCUGAUCAAGCGCAUCAUGGCGGGACGCAAUCCGGACGCCGAGUACAACGAUUACGAACCGUUCGUCGAGUGGUUCACGUCGGAGGUGGAAAAGAUGCCGAUACGCAACAUUCCGGACAGCAAGCGUUCGUUCCUGCCGAGCAAGGUGGAAAAGCAAAAGAUUGGCAAGUAUGUGCACGCACUGAAGAUGGGGUGGAUGAAGACGAUGGCGGAAAAGCGUCGGUUGGCAGCGAUCCGCCGUGCGCCAAAGUUCUAUAUGCUGUGGGAAACUGAUCACGGUAAGGAGGAGAUGCGUCGCAUUCAUGAUCAUGUUGUUGCCCCGAAACGGCCACUUCCGGGACAUGCCGAAUCGUAUAAUCCACCACCGGAAUAUCUGUUCGAUGAGAAGGAGCUGACCGAGUGGAAGAAACUCGGCAACGAGCCGUGGAAACGGAAGCGUCAAUUCGUUCCCCAAAAGUUCAACAGCUUGCGAGAAGUGCCGGCCUACCCGAGAUUCAUUAAGGAGCGAUUCCUGCGCUGCCUGGAUCUGUAUCUGUGUCCGCGCAGCAGACGUACGCGUAUCGCUGUUGGUCCUGAGUAUCUGAUACCGAAGCUACCGUCACCCCGCGAUUUGCAACCGUUCCCGACGCUGCAGAACCUAAUCUACAAGGGCCACACGAACAUGAUCCGUUGCAUUAGCGUGGAACCGAAGGGUGAAUACCUUGUGACCGGAUCGGAUGAUAUGACAGUUAAAAUUUGGGAAAUAUCGACCGCACGUUGUAUCCGCACGAUACCGACCGGAGACAUUGUGCGCUCAGUAGCCUGGUGUCCUAACAGCAAGAUAUCGCUGGUGGCCGUGGCCAGUGGGAAACGUGUGCUGCUCAUCAAUCCAAAGGUUGGCGAUUACGUGGUGGUGAAGAAAACGGACGACCUGCUGGCGGAGGCACCGCGAUCCGACACGGUUGAAAACGAGCGCAUCCAGACCGCGAUCCAGUGGGGUGAGGCAACGGAGGAAGAAAACAAACUGGGCGUACGGAUUGUGAUCACGCACUUCCGCGAGGUGCGCCAGGUGACCUGGCAUGGUCGGGGUGAUUAUUUCGCUACCGUGAUGCCGGAUGCGGCCUAUCGCUCCGUCAUGAUCCAUCAGCUAUCCAAACGGCGAUCGCAGCUUCCGUUCUCGAAGAGCAAGGGUUUGGUUCAGUGCGUACUGUUCCACCCGGUUAAGCCGUGCCUUUUUGUGGCGACCCAGCGGCACGUCCGUGUGUACGAUCUCGUGAAGCAAAUGAUGCUGAAGAAACUGUACCCGGGAUGCAAAUGGAUCUCCAGCAUGGCCAUCCAUCCGAAGGGUGACAAUCUCCUGGUGGGCACGUACGAAAAACGACUAAUCUGGUUCGAUCUCGAUCUGUCCACCAAACCGUAUCAGCAGCUACGAAUCCACAAUGCCGCCAUUCGCAGUGUUGCGUUCCAUUUGCGCUAUCCACUGUUUGCAUCCGCCGGUGACGAUCGUAGUGUGAUCGUGUCUCACGGUAUGGUUUACAACGAUCUGCUGCAAAAUCCACUGAUUGUGCCACUGAGGCGGUUGAAAAACCAUGAAAUUGUGAACGACUUUUCCGUGUUGGAUACAGUGUUUCAUCCCACGCAACCGUGGGUUUUCUCAUCCGGAGCAGACAAUACGGUACGAUUGUACACUUAA